UCUUCGCCAACCCCGGUCCACUCGGCUCCUCCUGCGUUGUCCAUCAUCAAAGAGUCCUGCUCUAACCUGCUGAGCAUUAGCGUCUGGAACCAACUCCAGUCCCCACGCCUUUCGCCCUGGCCUAUCCUGGCCUGUGCUCUCUUGCACCUUACUCGACGUCUUCUGGACCUCUGGAAGAACAUACGAACCAUAAGAGACUCUUCCUCCUCGUUGUACACCACCACUCACACUCUCUCGUCUGAGUCUUGGCGAACAACACAACCAUAGGACGAGAACACUUUAGCAACUGGGCUUUGCUUACGCCUUCGAUCCUCUUCCGCCCGCCUUCUCUCACUCUCUCAUCCUCAUUCUCAUUCUAUCUCAUUCUCUCUCCAUCUCUGGUCUCUUUCUCUCUCUUCUCUCUCUUGCAAACAACAACCCCAGAUUGCUCGCAGUACCCUCCUUGUACCCCGAGCCACCAGUGCCACCCCCAUCCACCAACUCGUCCCAUCCUCUAAACAGUGCCAUCUCGCCUUGUUGCCCCCGGGACGCUAGCCUGGUGUGGACGCUACUGGCGCUUUUCUCCCGGCACCUCAACCUGCCUAUCCUCACAGCUUACGGCUACACAGCACUUCUCCCAAGUUCCCAGAGACCUCGACCCUCUCUCCAAUCUGCGCCGCCCCCCUCCUCCUCCUGCUGCUGCUCCUCACCCCCCUCCCCCCCCCCCUCUACGCCUGAACUGGGACCUGGACCUGGACCCUCAUCAGGACACGCCUAUCCGCUUCCCACUUCUCUUUCUACCGUUUUCCCAUUUCUUUCCCAUAACUACUACCUUCACAACAUAGUUGUCCAACACACGUCGAAAGUAGGAUCGCGACCAUGGACUUCUCUCACCAGUAUUUCGCGCAAGCGCAGCCGUACCAGUUCAUGGGCAUCCCGCCCCUAACGCCAUCCCAUUCAAACUCGGCAGGUUCAGACGACUUCAACACAACAUCUCCACCAGACGUCUACGCCGAAUAUCCCAACGACCAGCAGCACUUCAACAACUUUGAUAACUAUGCUGCUGCCCAGCAGUUCAAUCCCCAGCAUACAUCAUUCCCCGGCCCUCCUGGCCCACCGACACCACCGAACCAUGGCCUGCCCGUACAGCAGCCCGUACAACAGCAACGAACACAACACAAUGGAAUGAGUGCUCCCCCGGUACAGCAGAUCAAGGCUCAGCCCGAUGCUCUCGUUCACAAGCAGGAGCCCCUCGACGAUCAUUCUCGUCGGGGACAGUCAAAUUCGGACGAUGAAGAAAACAUGACGCCCGCGCAAUCGAGGAGGAAAGCACAAAACCGCGCCGCGCAACGCGCAUUCCGGGAACGAAAGGAGAGACACGUCAAGGACCUGGAGGCCAAGCUCGCGAACCUAGAGGCGGAGGCUCAGCAAAAGUCGACUGAAAACGAACGACUCAAGCGUGAGAUGCAAAAGAUCAGCACCGAAAAUGAGAUUCUACGUGCAACCUCGUCGAUGAACGGCCACCACAGCUCUGCGUCACCAGAACCCCGGACAACAGGUCCCAUGCACUACAACCCGAAGGACUUCUACACAGACCUGCUAGCGCCGCACAAUAACAAGACGCCGAGUCAUCGAGUCGCUAUUUCAUCCGACGGCGAACGCUUGCUGGCAGCGGGCGCUACGUGGGACUUCAUCAUCAGCCACCCGCUGUUCAAGAGAGGUCUGGUGGACGUCGGCGACGUAAGCGAAAGACUCAAGAAUCAAGCACGAUGCGACGGCCAAGGCCCUGUAUUUUCGGAGCGCUGCAUCAUCGAAGCCAUCGAAGGUAGCGUUGCGAGCGGGAGUGACGAACUGCUCUAGAGUGAAGAGACUAGGCAGCCCGCAGAGAAUCCCAACAGCGGGACCCGAGGGGUGCGCUUUGUAAGCGACGUGCAGCACUACAGUACCUCCAAGGUGCAGGGCAACGGACACAACACCGCGGCCCGCCCGUGCAUCGGGGCUAAGGUUCGGCGUUUGGUUCCAUUUGGUUACACGGAGUCAAACAAACGGAAGGGGGAACGAGACGCUUGCUAAAACGACGUACGAUAUCAGGGCUCGACCUGUUUUUUGCAUCAUGGCCAAUUCAAUCUUUGUGACGCUACUUGACGGGCAGUACCGACAGCACGAAGUAUAUGACGUGGCAAACUAUUUCUACUAGACGAAAUGGCGUCUUUUUACACGGGGAAUCACAAAGGACGCUGCACGGCGACGACCACGACAUAGGCAACAAAGAUGUCGUCGCCGGCAGGGGCUUUAUGGGCUUUGGAGCAUGUUGGACAUCAUCGGAUAACGCCAGAGGAAGCGUGCACGAUCUUAUCUUGGGCAGCACAAGUUGCCUCGUCGGUAUGCUCGGAAAUUUUGCGUGUUUUUUUCUUUCUUUCUUUUUGGGGCAAAUUGCAUGCUAUUCGGGGUGACUCUGGUCUCCUUUGCCCAAGGCGAUUUCCAAGCGAAGGAAGAAGGGCGAUUGGACUGCUUGGCUGAGGUGGUUAGGGAGGAUCUGACUUUAGAUCCUUUUUCUUCUUCUCGGUAUGAUGUGAUGGGGUGGGUUCCUUUGGAUGCGAGUAUACUUCAUCGAGAUAUCGUUGAGGAAGAAACAUGGCAUUAUCUUGAUAUGUCUGGUGCUUCGCUCUCGUACCGUUUGACGUGCACAGGAGGAGACCGCUAUAGUGAUUCCAGUGAUGGAGGACCAUCACUUCUCAACGCUUGCUCAGGGUCUCGUCGGCGUCUCGGAGCGAGCGGCGAGAAGGCGGCAACAGGCGGGGUUCCGCCGGCGCCUGGCUGCGCCGUACUUUGUCUGACUGAAAUGCCGCCAAUAGGGUCUGACUACCAUGUAUUACCCCAGGCGAGGGUCAUCACCCUCUUCCAUCCGAUCCUUUCUCGAUCGAUGAUUCCAUUGAUACUGUUUCCUUCGCCCGAACCCCAAUCUGUCACAUUUCCCGGGGGUUCCCUUUGUCGGGUCUUUUUUUUUUCUUUUUCCCUUUCUUCCCAUCACUAAGUACCUACUAUAGGCACCCGUAUUCUUGGC